AAGACAACUGCCGUGAGACAACUCAAACAGCAUAAGUAUGCUCACGACGACGCGGCUGUGAGCUGCAUUUCUCAUCACUCGCUCGCCAAGUUCAACAUGUCUCAGCAAAUCAUCUACGCCGCCAGCGUCAUCAUCAUCUACUUGCUGGUCAAGUAUCUAAACUCGACCGACACUCCCAAGAUCAAGGGCCUCCCCGAGAUUCCCGGCGUUCCCAUCUUUGGAAACUUGUACCAGCUGGGCACAGAUCACGCCCGUGUUGCGCAGAAAUGGGCUGCCAAGUAUGGUCCUGUCUUCCAGACGCGGCUUGGAAAUAGGCGCGUCAUCUUUGUCAAUUCGUAUGAGGCAGUCAAGCACAUCUGGAUCACUCAUCAGUCUGCACUUAUUUCUCGGCCCACCUUCCACACAUUUCACUCCGUCGUCUCCUCAUCUCAAGGCUUCACCAUUGGAACUUCGCCAUGGGAUGAGUCGUGCAAAGCCCGACGCAAGGCCGCUGGUACUGCUCUCAACCGCCCUGCAGUGCAGUCCUACAUGCCCAUCCUCGACCUAGAAUCCACAACCAGCAUCAAGGAGAUGCUCAAAGACUGCGAAGGCGGCACCAAGGACAUCGACCCGUCGCCUUACUUUGCUAGAUUCGCCCUCAACACGUCUCUGACCCUCAACUACGGCUGCCGCAUCGGCGGAAACAUCGACAACGAGCUCCUCCAGGAGAUCACGUAUGUGGAGCGCGAGAUUUCCAACUUUCGGUCUACCAGCAACAACUGGCAAGAUUAUGUCCCGCUGCUGCGUCUCUGGAGUGUUCAGAACAACUCGGCGCAAGAAUUUAGAACCAGGCGAGACACGUACUUGACGAACCUGUUGAACGGCCUCAAGAAGCAAAUCGCGGAUGGAACCGACAAGCCAUGCAUCACUGGAAACAUCUUGAAGGAUCCUAAUGCCAAGUUGAAUGAAGCCGAAAUCAAGUCCAUCUGUCUGACCAUGGUCUCUGCCGGCCUGGACACUGUCCCGGUAAAUCUCGUCAUGGGACUCGCCUAUCUCUCAAGCCCCGAAGGUCAAGCUGUGCAAGCCAAAGCCCUCAAGGCAAUCGAGGAGGCGUAUCCGGAUGGUGCUGAGGCUUGGGAGAGGGGUCUGCUCGAAGAAAAGGUUCCCUAUGUCACUGCCUUGGUCAAGGAGACGCUUCGGUACUGGACUGUCAUUCCAAUCUGCCUUCCCCGUGCCAGCAUCAAGGAUAUUCCUUAUGAAGGAGCGGUCAUCCCAGCAGGAACCACGUUUUUCAUGAACGCCUAUGCAGCAGACUAUGACAGCAAACGCUUCGAUCAGCCUUACGAGUUCAUUCCCGAGCGCUUUCUCAACGACAAGGAAGGUGGCACUCCGCACUACGCCUACGGAGCCGGAUCUCGAAUGUGCGCUGGGUCACAUUUGGCCAACCGCGAGCUGUACACGGCUUACAUCCGCCUGAUUACGGCGUUUGAAAUCCUCCCCGCGCGGGAUGCGGCUGACCGUCCUGGAAUGGACGCCAUCGAGUGCACUUCCAACCCCACGGCCUUGACGACCGACCCUAAACCGUUCAAGAUUGGGUUGAAGGCGCGAUCUGAGGCCAAGUUGAAGCAGUGGAUUGCUGCUUCGGAAGCAAGGACGGUGGAUCUGUAGAUUCGAUGGAUGCGGAUACAGGGAAUGUGAACAAUUUGAUGGGAAGAAGUGGGUUAAAUCCUAUAAAAUGGAGCUUGCUUAGAUCCUAUGCUCAGACAUAUCUCAAUCAAGUUAGAAUUGGUUUGAU